AUGGGCCCCGCCCCUGUGUCCUCACUGGGGCCCCGCCCCUGUGUCCUCACUGGGGCCCUGCCCCUGUGUCCUCACUGGGUCCCCGCUUCUGUGUCUUCAAUGGGCCCCGCCCCUGUGUCCUCACUAGGGCCCCGCCCCUGUGUCCUCACUAGGGCCCCGCCCCUGUGUCCUCACUGGGGCCCCGCCCCUGUGUCCUCACUGGGCCCCGCCCCUGUGUCCUCACUGGGCCCGCCCCCUGUGUCCUCACUGGGCCCCGCCCCUGUGUCCUCACUGGGCCCCAACCCCUGUGUCCUCAUUGGGGCCCCGCCCCUGUGUCCUCAUUGGGGCCCCGCCCCUGUGUCCUCACUGGGGCCCAACCCCUGUGUCCUCAUAGGGGCCCCGCCCCUGUGUCCUCACUGGGUCCCCGCUUCUGUGUCCUCAAUGGGCCCCGCCCCUGUGUCCUCACUAGGGCCCCGCCCCUGUGUCCUCACUAGGGCCCCGCCCCUGUGUCCUCACUGGGCCCCAACCCCUGUGUCCUCAUUGGGGCCCCGCCCCUGUGUCCUCACUGGGGCCCCAACCCCUGUGUCCUCAUUGGGGCCCCGCCCCUGUGUCCUCACUGGGGCCCCGCCCCUGUGUCCUCACUGGGCCCCGCCCCCUGUGUCCUCACUGGGCCCCAACCCCUGUGUCCUCACUGGGCCCCGCCCCCUGUGUCCUCACUGGGCCCCGCCCCCUGUGUCCUCACUGGGCCCCGCCCCCUGUGUCCUCACUGGGCCCCGCCCCCUGUGUCCUCACUUUCCCCCAUGUGCUCCAAAUAAAAAAUAG